CGAUGUUUCAUGAGGCAGAAGGCCGUUCUGGCGUUGAAAUAAUCUAACUAGCCAUCAUCAUGCCGGGAGUGCCGUCUGGACGCGGUUGCGAUGCGUGUCGGAAGCAGAAGAAAAAGUGCGAUCAAGGAAAACCUUCAUGUGCGCGAUGUACCAGGCUGAAUAUACCGUGUAUCGGCGCGGGACAGCAGAGAUACAAGUUCAAGGAAGAGACCUUCAUUCAAAAUGGCCAGUCGAAGAGUCUCACUGCCAGAAAGAAGCCCGUCGCUAUACAGUUUCCAAAUUUCGAGGCUAUCACCUUUGUCGAAGAGAUCCCUCGCGUCCCUGUUAAUGGCCUGACAGAGCUGCGGAAUGGCUUUAUCGAGACGAUGAAGCCCACGACCGACCUGAGAUACAACCUGGCCUGGUCGUUUGGCGGGUUUUUGGUCGAUAUACCCCGCCGGCUGGGGAUAAAUGAAGCGCUGGAUUCGGCGGUGCAGGUGCUUGUCGAUUCACACACGGCCUACUGUGCUGGGCUGGGGGUUACCUCGAAGGUGCUGGUGGGAUAUUCUCGUGCCCUCAGGGUGCUGAGUUCAUACCUGGAUGACCCAGUCAAGGCGCGGGCGUCUGAGACUCUCUGUUCGGUUAUGGUGUUGUUGAUGUGCCAGCGUUUUAUCGGCGUUACGGAAGGUGAUUUUACAGGUCACUGCGAGGGUGCGGCGCAGUUAUUAAAGGCAAGGAGAUAUUAUGAUCCAAAUGAUGAGUUUGAGAGCAAAUUGGUCCUUUCACUGCGAGGACCGGUGAUCUUUGAAGGGCUCCUCAACCAAAAAAUCCAGUUCACUGCCGAAGAAUGGAAGGUCUUGGUAGAAAACCAUCUCGACGGGGUGACACCCGAAGGCAGGAUGAUGCGGUGCGUUGCCAAAGUACCUAGCCUCUUGCGCCGGGCAAGAAAGAUCCGUACAGACGGAGGAACAGACGAGACUCUCCUGGCUGAUGCGAUGGCUGCCUACCAGACUGCAAAAGGUGCAGCCGAUGAGCUACGGACAAAGUAUAAGAACGCCCAGUUCCCUAGCAAGGGCGAGUUCUCAUUCAAAGACCCCAUUGUCAUGGCUCAUUCGUUCUACCAGCGCUCAUUCGGCCUAAGUCUUACCGUCGUCAUCAUCUGCAGCUGUGUGGUUAAUGGAAUCGACCCUGGGAACACAGAGAUCGUAGAGCCGUCCGUAUACAUCGAUGAGAUUCUGGAAAUUGCGGGCUCUGCGACGAUUUAUAGACCUUUGGGAGCUAGUUUUGUGCCCUUAUGCUUGAUGAUGGCUUGGGUAGGUACUGGAGAUCGAGCAACGCGAAAUACCAUUGAGGCUGCCCUGAAGGAGUAUGAACAGGACUAUGCACCGGGGCAGGCUGUGUCGCUAACCCCAAAGGUUGAGAAGAUAUCUCGACAGCUACGCUUGAUAGACCUGAAUGUUUGA